UGGCGCUCCUCCCCUGAUUUAGCCAUAAUAGCAGCAGCAAUACAAGUAACAAGAGCAGGUGGGAACCGGAAGGCUAGCGGCAACUCGGGACUUGGGGAGCUUCACCACGUGGGGUACCAGCCCAUGCACGGCAGCGGCGGCACAGCCGGGUCCUCAGGCGGCAGCGGCGGUGGCGACCACCUGCACCACCACCCGCGCCUGCACAGCCCCCGCAUGGCCGCCGGCGGCUCGAUGACCCGCCGGGCCAACUCGUUCAAGCGCGGCGGCCUGGGCGGCGAGAUCGAGCUCCAGAUCGGCUCCCCGCGCUCGCCGCGGAGCGACGGGUUCGGGAGCCCGCCUGCCGAGUCCGGGGAGCCGUCCGGUAGUGGAGCGGCCGGCGGCCUCCACCACCAUCAGAACCAGCAGCACCAGCACCUCCGGUUCCGCCUCUUCAAGCGGCCGGGCUCCAGCGGCGGCGCUGUCGAGGUCGGGCUGGGGAUCCGGGAGAGGAGGAAGCUCGGGAACAUGCUGUUCCUCGCGUUCUGCGGCGUGUGCCUGCUCCUUGGCAUCGGCAAGAUCUGGGCAGGCGGGUGGUUCGCGCUGCCCGGCGACGAGAGAGACGCCGAUUUGCAGGUUCUCUCUGUCUCCUCCAGUGAUAAAAGGCAUCAAGUUGAUCGUCACUUAGGAUACAUGGGAGAAAAAGAGAGUGACAGGACGUUGAUGACAGUGGAAUCUAGCAUUGGUGGAAGAGAAGACAGUGUGGCUGAGGCCUCUGAUGUCUGGUCUCAGCCAAGCAGUACAAAUUUCAGACAAUGCAUUGUUUCAAACUCUCAUAAAAAGCAAGAUUCUCACACAAAUGGCUACAUUCUCAUAAAUGCAAAUGGAGGUUUGAAUCAAAUGAGAUUUGGGAUAUGCGACAUGGUUGCUGUUGCUAAGAUCCUGAAUGCGGCGCUGGUUCUUCCUUCACUUGAUCAUGCAUCCUACUGGGCAGAUGACAGUGAAUUUAAGGACCUUUUCAAUUGGAGGCACUUCAUUGAGUCACUAAAAGAAGACAUCGAUAUUGUUGAAAUGCUGCCCCCUAAAUACAGUCAUACUGAGCCUCUGGCUAAAGCCCCGAUAUCUUGGUCCAAGGUGAACUAUUACAGAGAUGAAAUCCUCCCUCUUUUGAAGAAACACAAAGUCAUUUACUUCACUCAUACAGAUUCUCGCCUAGCGAACAAUGGCCUUCCUAGUUAUAUUCAGAAAUUAAGAUGCCGAGUUAACUAUAGAUCUUUGAAGUAUUCUCACACAAUUGAAGAUCUUGGUGCUACCUUAGUUUCGAGGAUGCGCCAGGAUGGAAGCCCAUAUCUUGCUCUCCAUCUAAGGUAUGAGAAGGAUAUGCUAGCUUUUACUGGUUGCAGCCAUAGCUUGACAUCAGAAGAAGAGGAGGAAUUGCGAAAGAUGCGUUAUGAGGUCGGUCACUGGAAAGAGAAAGAAAUCAACGGAACUGAGAGAAGAAGUUUGGGUGGCUGUCCCUUGACUCCAAGGGAAACUUCACUUUUACUCAAAGGAUUGGGUUUCACACGUAGCACCAGAAUUUACUUGGUUGCUGGUGAAGCUUUUGGCAAUGGAAGCAUGAAAGGACUGGUGGAUGAUUUUCCCAAUAUUUAUUCUCAUUCUACACUGGCAACAGAAGAUGAACUUGCACCCUUCCAAAACCAUCAGAAUAUGCUUGCUGGUCUUGACUAUAUUGUGGCUCUACAGAGUGAUGUAUUUGUUUACACUUACGAUGGAAAUAUGGCAAAAGCUGUACAAGGCCAUCGACGUUUUGAGAACUUCAGGAAGACGAUUAACCCAGAUAGGAUGAGUUUUGUGACCCUGGUAGAUGAAUUUGAUGAAGGAAGGGUGCCUUGGGAGAUUUUCAGCUCAGAAGUGAAAAGAUUGCACAAAGAUCGAAUAGGUGCUCCAUAUUUUAGGGAGCCUGGAGAAUUCCCAAAGCUAGAAGAGUCUUUCUUUGCAAAUCCCUUGCCUGGCUGUAUAUGUGAGAAACAUAGCGAGGAAUGAAGAUAUAGUAGCGCUGAUGAUUCUUUCCCAGCCGCACCUCCUAAGUCAGAAAAUAUAGGUCUCUGCAGUCUGCAGCCUGCCAGAUGCGACUUGCAGUGUUGUUGAGUCAUGAUCAUUGAAUUUGUUUUGAUGACAGUUGAGACACAGGGCACUGGAACAUUUAUUUUCAGGUUCAUCCUUUACUAAGUUCACUGCACGAAGAAUUGCGGAUUUUCUGCUCCUGCGAAGCCCAUGGCAGCUGUUAAUCAAUUUCCACACAACCAGAGCAUGUGGGAAGUUAUGCCUACGACACGUGCUGCACACGGUACAUAAAAGGUGUAUACACUGGAGGAGAUUAUGUUGAGGGCUUUCUGGUACGUCUCUUAUUUGUAACUAGCCGAAUUGCUUAUCCAAUUGCGCAGCUAGAUUUGGAAAUACAAUAUUAUAUAAACUCUAAUGUCUGAUUCGGCUACAUAGUUAUAAAUUCUGAUUCUUUUGUAUACGGUCCUAGUUCAUAUACUCGGAGAAUAAUACAGUUUGAACUUGUUAUACAAUUGUAGCAGCUAUAGCAUCUAUCCGACUAAUCUGCAUUAA